AUGAAGCAACGGUUUCUGUUCACAGGAGCUCCCCUUCUGGUAGCAUGUGUUCUGUUUGUUACGUUUGAAGUUCAUCCUGUCGCAACGACACCAUCGCAAGGCAAAGCAUCAGAUUUGCCUGUGCGAUUGAGAAGUCAAUAUCGAGACCAAUCAGAAAUCUCGAACAAGACUCUCGAGCGCCAUGCUCGCGGUGAAACGCACAUCAGAUCCAGCAGACAACUCAGCAGCACGUACACUGAUUCUGUCUACUCCAUGUUAAGUUUUGUACAGAAUUUUACAAGGUCUAUUUGUACCUCUAGCCUCAAGACAGCUGUUGUGAACGAUCCAGGUGGUCCGACGUUUUACUCGACAAGAACAUUUCAGGUUGCCUUCUACAAGAUCGGAGCGUCUGGGAGUCCUCGAAACGUGUCCUUCACUUUCCCGUCUACCGACAGAUGUGGAGCCAUCGGGGUGACUAUGAAGGGAUGGUCUUCGCAGGUAGACUUGGACAUGUGCUGUGUUGUCUUCUUCUACAACCCGGUCAAUGUCACCCUUGCGAGGACUUCAGACAACAUCAUGAAUGGAAGUGCGCAGGAGGAGUAUGGUCUACCUUAUCCUAUAGACUCGUCGGUUUGUCCUCUUUGGAUCGAUCAUUACGAAGCAAGCACCAAUCGCAAUUACAUUCCGUACGUCGAACUGAAACUAGAUUUCCAUGUUCCUUGGAGCUCAGCCAUGAAGUCGUUUCCUGUGGGGGCAGGUCUUGGGCCUUUCUCUUAUCAGCACGUCUACUUUCAGGCUACCUGCCAACAAUGGUUCUGGUUCGAAUCUCGAGAGCAAGGAUCGUGGUACAAGCUUCAUUACAAGAGAAGUUUGUCACAUCAGAACGUGUCCGACUUCUGCGAAAUCUUGGAUGGAGUUGUCCUCCCGCCGCCGGAAACCAUGGUAUCAUGCACGUUUGAUAACGAAGCAAGUCCUCCCAAGGCUCUCUCCUCGAACAUCUUUGCGAUCGUGAUGGAGCCUACGGAUUGCGCUGGAGUUGUUGAUGUUCCUACGGUAGCGUCUGCUCCUUUCGCGAACAUUGGUCAAUUCGCUAGUCUGUAUGGGGUGCCGACGGUGAGAAGUGUCUGCGAUAAAUGCAACAAAUGUGGAGGUGGAAUGAUUCUCGACUCCUGUGGAGUGUGCGGGGGAGUAUGCUUUCUGCCCAUGUGUACAGCCGCGCAAUGUUCCGGGUUCUAUGUCCGGUACCUGGGAGACGAAUACUCGAAGAAGCACAUCGUCUCCGCAUCGGGACUCACUGUUGGCGUCUUGUUUUCUGAUGGCCCGUGCAUCGGGUCAUCUCCUGCUCUCUCUGCCGGUGGUGUGUGCGAGACCCUCGGUCGAUCCUACACUGCGACCGCUCAAUCUGCAGCAACAAUCAAUUUGCAAGGGACUGCCCGAGAAUUGACCACCGAGAUCAACACCUUGAAGUACCUCCCUGUUCCUCACUGGAACUCAAAAUUUCCCCCGCAGUAUCAGAAAUACCUUCAAUUCAAAUUCCCUGGGAAUGCAAUGCUCACUGGUGUACGGAUUGCAGUCCUGCCUGUAAAUGACCCUCCUGUUAUUCUUUUUCCUGCCCCAGCAUAUGUUAUACAAGAAGAUAAAGCCUCAAGGCUUAAUAACCCAGCAAUCUCUAUAUCAGAUGAUGCAAACGAUGUGUCUGGAAGUAAGAUCAUCCUGGAGAUCCAGACGAACAACACUGGAAGUGGAGUCAGAGUGUCGUCGCUCGAGCCCUUUGUGCAUUAUUUGAGGAUACACGAUGGAUUAGAUGCAUGCAACGCUUUCUUGAAAAAUCUGGAAUAUUUGUCUGCGACCAACAGCAAUUAUGAGUACGGAUCCCAAGAUUUUUUGACGGUGACGGUGAACGACACUGGGUCAGGAGGGGUUUCACCUUACGACACUCCAUUCGUUGCAACGCGAUACAUCAAUGUCACAGUUGUGCCGCAAAAUGACCCCCCGUUCGCUAUGAUGCCUUCAGCUGCCACUCUCUUUCAGUUUGGUCAAACUUCCAUUGUGGGCGCACACAUAGUAGAUGUCGAUGCCUAUCAGUAUCGCUCUCCUGAGCCCCUGUAUCAAAGCAUGCUCGCGAGUGAUGUGGCAAAGCUCACAUUGCCGCUUUUGAAAUACAAUUGCACAUUGCUCUACAACAUGCCAUUUAUUUACUGGAAUGCCACACUAGUCAAGUAUGUGGAUGAAGCAAUACCUGACGCUGAUCCGGUCUUGAACCAGUCCUCCUUUCUGAAAUUAAACAGCAUGCAGGGGAAAAGAAAAGUUAUUUAUUUGGGAUAUAACAUCUCAAACUCAAUUCACGUCCUGCAAUCGUAUUUGUCAGCACAAAUUUCCCUGUCGUUGUACAAGUACGAUUGUAAAGAUGAGCAAUUUUCAACCAGCAAGGGGGCAUGCACUGUUGAAGGCAACUUCUCUGUCAAUCUGGUCUCUUGUUCAAUUCUGGCAUCAACAAAAACGUUCACUUGGAGCACCCAUCUGCAAAUUCAUGUCAUCGCUGAGUUGGGUGUCACAAGUUACAACACGGACAGUGCUACUUGGGUAACUUCGUCCAUAGACGUUCCAACAUUGCUGGCCAACGUCAAUGCCUUGAAUCAGGGGGUCGUCUGUUUGCAACUGAAUCCUAUUGCAGUCGUUGAAACUUUGAGAUUCUUUGCCCCCUACUUCAACAUUGAUGCAAAUCAUGAGUAUCUCAACCCUACAUUGCAAGUUUACUCUGGCGCGAAUAUGAACUUGACUUUCCGUGGCAAUCAAUCGUAUUCCAGCUGUGGAAUACAACUUAGACAGGGCCAAGGCUACUUGGAUUCAGUAGUGCAGAUUGAGGCCAGUCUUACCGUGACAAACCUUGUCUUGGGGGAUUUUUCUGUUCAAUCCUUUACAAAUUUCAGUAACAUCCUAAAUGAAGAAAAGGGCAAUGUCUCUCUUCAAGUGCUUGACAUUUCAGCGAUUUCGUCAUGUCUGCAACAACAACUUUUGUUUGGACCUCAAGAUUGCUACGUUCCUAACAUGGCCUACACCAAUCUCAGAGUGAUCCCUAUGAAGGAACGGAGGACCAAUCUCUAUAUGCAGCCAUGGUAUGCAGACAGUUGGUUGAGGGAACUUUCUGUCAAGGGGGACCUGCCAGCAUAUGUUGCUCUUGAAGAUUGUGGAAAUCGAGGGUGGUAUGAGACUUGUCCGUACCUGAUCCAGAUCUUGCCAGAACCAAUUCCUGGUGAAUCGCGGACUUCUCGCUUCACGGUCGAAGUGUCCUCAAGGCUCGGGACCAUCACAAUUCCAGACAGUAUCCGUCCUCAUCUGACCUUCACAAAGGGCGAUGGCUUUCGAAAUCAAGUCGUCAGGUUUUCUGGCUAUGCCUCUGAUGUUCGCCAGGCUUUGAUGAAUGCAGUCUAUCAAACGAACAUUGAUGAGAACUUGCAAUACGCAAAUGCAUUCAGUGCAGAAACGAACCCGGACUAUGUAGAUUGCCCGAGAGAAUGCUUCCUCAAUAAUGUAGCCGAACCAGUGUUCCUUGGUGUACAAAGCAGUUCGGGUUGUAGCCUGGAGUGCGCGAAGAGAAUCUAUGAGAGGACCAAUUCUCCUUCUCAUUCCUUCUCGACGGCUGCAGAGAUGGGAACCUUUUUGGACGACCUUGUAAUCACUUUUGAUGAUGAUGGAGCGAGUGGAAUUGGCAUGACCAAGUACAAGACUGUCUUGCUCUAUAACAUCUACUCGCUGACCUUUGAUCUCUCUGCCAAGCAUGGAUCCCUGUCAUUGUCAAAGUUUGACAACCUCCGAUUCUUCAAGUCCCCUCAAAGUCAAUUCAUGCCCGAGAUGUCCUUCUUGGCAUCGAUUGCUGAUGCCAAUGCAGCAACACAUUUGCUCCGAUAUCAGCUUUCAGCAAGGGAUCCAUAUUUUAACAGCAACGUUGGUACUGAAACAAUAUCCAUCGUAGUCAGUGACCAAGGGUUCAGUGGAUCCGAUCAGACCGGGCAAUAUGACUUUUCGUCGGCAGCCUCGACCUUACAAGUUCCUGUCAACGUCAUUCCUGUGAACAACCCUCCUACUAUCACAACCCCAAGAACAACAGACCCGAUCGCCAUCUUGGAGAACACAAGAGUGCAACUCUCGCAAGCUGCUCUUUCCCCUGGUCUUGGGAUUGCUGAUGUAGAUUCGGAUGAGUGUAUACAUCUAGGAAAGGGCUAUGGACAACUCACGCUGCGCGUGGAGGUUGUGUACGGCAGAAUUUUCAUUCCAACUGCAUCGGAGGCCGCCAUAGAAGCCUUGAAUGCCCUAUCAGCCUCCUCCCUUACGUUCUUUUUACAAGCGGAUUGCAAGAACGAAGAGUGUUCGAUGCAUGCUACUGCAGGAGACUGUGCCACCAGCUACGAAUGUGUUUGGGACCCAACUUCAUCUGCCGAGGUCGGAGCUCCAGGUUCCUGUAUCUGCAAGACUGUGCCACCUGGACUUUUGUGCUCGUCACUCGCAAUGAGAGGCUUCCAAGGCGACAUCCAGAAUGCUCUUCAAAGCAUUGUUUAUGUGCCUCGGGAAAACAGCAACUACCUCUCACUUCCCACCGGCGAAGCGCUGUCGAUAAUGGUCUCAGAUAAGCUGCACCCGAAUGACCCGCUCAAUCUCAACUUUUCGUGCGGGCUGACCAGCUCGAAACACUUGAACUGGAUUGAAGGGAAGGCGAACAUCAAGAUAGUGCCUCAGAGCCAACCCUGCCAUGUCUCUCUCGAUGGGCUUGUGGAGAACUCAGGGUUCGAGCAUCCCUCGCUCUGCCAGGGGGUUCGCGAUUGCUCCAUCGCCUUUUUGCAACCGAAUGGAUCCACACCCUGCGUUGGCGUCUUGUCAAGCCCAGCUCAACGCGAGGGUUCUUGGGCCAUGUCGCCGCUGGCAGGCAUCUCUUUUGACGGGUGGGACGGUGACUUCGCCUCGCCCGAGGGCCUCCAGCACCUUUACAUGCUCCCCUCUCCUGCGGUCGAUGUCAAUCAGACGGUUGACGGCUUGACGCUGGGAGCUUCUUUCCAGAUCUCCAUGCAGGUAGGAGUGAGCUCCAAUGGGAACGAAGCCUUCUCUUUCGAGGCCUUCUUGAACCAUUCGGACAUGAACGCCUGGGAAGUUAGUCCUCCCACUAUCAACGCCUCCCGUCUGGAGUUCAACCCUGCCAACCCUUUCAAGCUGUUCUACUCUGCUUCUUUCACGUCGUACAGAAACUCAUACCCGCUAGUGCUGAGGGCUUCUUCUCACUCUCGAGGGAACCCUAAUGGUCAGAUGGUUUUGGUGGAUGACGUCCAAGUGAAAUUUCUUGGUUUCAACCUGCUCGAGGGAGGCUCUUUGCGAUUCAACAAGUUAAAAGUCAUUGAUCCAGACUAUUCGCUUGCAACUGAGCAGUUGAUGAAGAAGAGCGGAAUCGAGUUCUCAGUCUCUGUAGCGCUCAGUGUUGAACAUGGUAUUUUUAGUCUGCUGCUGGGGCGAUGCGAAGUGAAGCCACCUGGAUCGAAGAUCAGUGAAGAACAACUGUAUGAAUGGGGGGCGCAGUGCGCAGCAUACUUGAAUAAUUCUCAGCUAUCUCUCUGGGCCAACCAAACUUUAAAUCGCCCGACAUGUCCUCCCGGUUGGUAUGGAUCUGAUACUGAGAUGGAACCUUGCGUCAACCUCCCUGUGACCAGCAUCAGCGUCACAUGGAAUGUACCAUACCUCAGCAGCUUGUUUCCAGCUGGUCAGAAAAUGAUUCCUACCAAUCAGAUUUCGUUGUCUGGCAACAUCACCAAUGUCCAAAAAGUGAUAAAUGAUCGUUUGAUCUAUUAUGCUGAAAAAAGUUUCAACACAAACAACCUUGGAAAAGAGUUUUUACAUGUGUCAUGCGAUGAUCAAGGAAAUUUCGGUGUCAAAAUUUCGAAUUCUAGCAAUCAAACGUAUCCGAUCAACAUCAUCAAUGUCAAUGAUCCACCGAACGUCACCUUCAUUUCUUCCACUUUGAGUUCGUUAGAAAAUCAGACCAUUCGACUUUCAAACUUUAUCUUGAGUGACCCGGACAUCAACGAGAAGCCUUGUGCAGCAGCGCCUUGUGCGAAGGCACAAGGAAGGCUCGCCUUGAAGAUCGACGGACUCACUGGCACGAUGAACGUGACUUCAAGCUCUGUCGUCGACCUGAGGAGUCUGCUAGCUAAGUAUUUUGGGUUCGUCACCAGAGAAAGUUACUUGCAACUGUGCAUUAUGAAGAUAUCAUGCAAUCCGUCCAAUCAGUUUUUGAGCCUGAAUGGUAUUUCUCUUGCGGAUGUUUGCCAAUCACAGACGUCGGAGUGUGAGCGCGUGAAAUUGUAUUGCUCUGUAGCAUCCAUGGCUCUCGGGGCGCUCAGUGAAGCACAAUGCUUGCAGACCUUUGUUGACUCUUCUUUAUAUCAGCAACUAUCCUCAAACGCCCUCAAACAAGCAGAAAUAGCAGUGCAAGAUACAAUAUUGCAAUUGACGGCAGGAAAUUAUGUGCUUGGUUUUGCUAAUGCAAGCUCUCUGGUGCUUUUGGGUGUCAUGAGGAAUGUUCAAAGCUUGAUCGAUUCUAACGCCAUUUACUAUCACCCUCCGCAGUAUGACAACGGGGAGAAGGUCAUUUCGUUCCAAGUGAACGACCUGGGAAACGUAGGCAUUGGAUACCCAUGUAACGCUCCAGCAGAUGUUCCAGCGGAUGUCAUGUUUGCGUAUUGCUCCACCAACCUUCCGUUCAAAGAACAGAUCGUGACGAGGUGGUUGACGUUGCAGAUCCAGGCAGUGAACAACCCUCCGGUGUUGUUCACUUUCAACACCCAGGGAACUGUCCGUUACAGCAACCCGUUCCCAUUGAUGCAGGCAGUGCAGAACGAGACGACCUCUCUGAACAAAGUAGAGGUCGAAGACGUCGACAUCGCGGAUACGCCAGGCUGCAUGAUGAACGUCUCGAUACAGACGAGCAGUGGCGGAAAUCUUUUCUUGAACGCCUCGCUUGCCCCAGCUGUAAAGUUUGUUUCCAACGUUUCUGGUCCUUCGGUGUCGUUUUAUGGUCUUGUGCCAGGCAUCAAUGCCAUGCUGGCUCGCCUGCAGUAUCAGUCAGACCCUCAGUUCACUGGGAUUGAAGCGAUUCGCUUCAAGCUCAACGACAACGGCUGCACCGGCAUCAACCUCAACGGGAGGAACGAAACUGCUGUCACCUACACCCUCAACAUUGUCGUCACACGAUCGCAGCCUUGCGUCGCUUCGACGUGUGCUGCUUGCAUACAGCAGAGGGUUCAGAAGUGCGGCUGGUGCCCGUCGGCUUGUGGAGGGAAAGGAAAGUGUCUGGAAGCAGCCAGUAUAGGUGGGCCCCCUCGAUACGGAACUUGCUCGACCUACUGUGAUGACACUGGAUGCUACUCAUGGAACAUGUGUACUCCUCGUCAAGUCAACACGUGGCAGACUACCAGCACGGGUGCGCCUCUGCUGUUUGUGCUCAUUGUCUUCUUGUACUUGUUCUUCAUGUGGGCUAGGCGAAACCAUGGAACCUUCCCAAUCUACUUGGUCAAGCUGUCAGAAAACUUUCUUAGGUCGACACAACAUAUAUCCUUCAGUCCCCAAGAAAAUGCUCACAUGGGCAAAAUAUUUUACUUGGUGAUAGUCAUAGUGUUGGCGUGUCUGAUACCAGGGCUUAUUUCGUCCUUGAACAACACGAACGAGGUUGUGCAGACUUUGGAAAGAGCAACAAGUAUUUCUAUACAGACCGACGGAUGUAAAGUCAACUUCGUCAAAGUACCGAGCAUAGGGCUGUAUGAUCCAACUUCGUUGUCUUUCCGUGUCAGUCCCCAGGGUGGAGGGUCAGCAGUGUCUGUCUUGACUGACUUCUGUUCAGCAGACCAAUAUGUUCGCAUCCACAAUACUAGAGCAGAACUGACACGAUAUGUGGGGUAUGACUGCGAAAUUCAAAUUCACAUCUCUCCCGAUCCUAAUCACAUCAUUCCAAUCACAUCGAUUUCGAAUGUGGGCUCCAAGCCAUCUGUGAUUCAGAUGCUCAACACUGACGACACUUUAAACUUCGGACCAAACUCCUUGAGUUUGGCUGGAACCUUCAUGCAGGUUGAGCUUUACAACAUCAGAGCAAGAAUGAUCAUGAUUCCUGGGUUGAAUGACGGUUUUGUGAUACUUGAGAAUUGCACGUUUCAGUCGAUCACUGCAAUGACCGCCAACGCUGACAUUGAGGUUACAGUCAGCGACGAUGCUUCAAUGCUGCUGCCUUACAGCCUGCAGUACGAACAGCGUGUGAACGACGUGUGCUUCAUGAGCAAACAAGACCCCGCCUUCCAACUAGACAACUUCUGUCAAGAAUCUCUUCGAAACGUCUCAGUCACAAGAAACGUGUCGAGGAUCGUUGAUGGACAACUUGUCACUGCCGUGAUAACGACGACGCAGCUGGAACGGGAAUGGACUUGUCAACAGAACAGUUAUGCUACCUUGAUCCCAUAUGAGCUCAAGAAUGACCUGAGCACCUCAAGAGUUCAAGUCAACUUGAUGUCAACGGGGGGUCAGAUCUUUUUCUCGAGCAUCCCAACCUCGAGGUUGCCUCCCAUGUCCGGCAACCAGGCGCUUGACAAGCUUUACGUCUACGAUGGCAUCUAUGGCAGCCGCACGCUGGCGUUUCAAAACACAUCAGCUUCAUUUCUCCAUCUGGACUUUCACCCCGGCGAGAGCAACCGCCCUCAGGUCGAGUGGUAUGAGAUCAAGCUCCAUGGCCCGGGCUCUCCGACUGGCUCCUUCGUGUGGACGUCGAGCUUUCGUUAUCUCGUGCUCCCCAGGUUCUUGUUGUACUUGGUGUCGUUUGGGCUGCUUGACCCCAAGGACAAGACGGUGAACGUCGACGUCAAACCAUCUCUCUGCCCUACCGUUGACCUCGGGCCCAACGCUGCUCAGGGAUACACUAUGCCGAAUCAAACGAUCGAAUUCCCAGCCAAGCGAAGGUCGUCUGUGGGGAACGUAGAUUAUCUGAUUCAAUAUUACCAGCUCAUCUUCUCUACCAUCGAUGGAGAGAACAUGGCUUCGAACAGCAUUCUCGUGUAUCGUCUAGAUGCCAACUCUUACAUAAGCUUUCAACACGAUCCUUUCUCGGGUCAAAUCACAGCCACGAGCAUUCAACGGUCCAACAGUUCCUUCGUCAUUAUCAUCCUGCUGCUCGGUCUCGGCCUGCCGCUUGUUCUGGCGAUUGGUUUGAUGGUCUACUUGGGAUUCAAAAUCCGAGUAGGGGUGGAUCAGUUGCGAGAGCGAGCGAUCGAAGACGAGCUGUCAGUGCGACAGCUCUUUGAGGGUUCCAAGAUGAACCCAAACAACGAACAGUAUCAGAAGGUCGUGGACUCUUUGUACGAUCAGUUCUACGCAAAGACAAACUUGUUCUAUGUCAUCGAUACUCUAAUCACUGAGGCGGAUCACGCUCAAAGCCUUUAUGAACAGCUUUCGAUAUUCCUGACCCACAUGAUACUGAUAGCGAUAUCGUCGGUCCCUUCCAUCCUCUUCGCAAUCAACCUGAGCGAUGCCACGCAUCGAUACGUCUGUCCAGAAGUGACGGACAAGCUGACGUGUCAGGCUUCCCUGCCUGCCGGCUCCUGGGCCAUCAUCGGAGUCUGUGUGGUCUACUUUGCUCUCUCCUUCUUUGAGCUCUACGCCUUCUAUGGCAACCUGCGCUGGAGCCCUUGGAGGAAAUACCUGCGAAGAGCUUGGUACACCGGGCUGACGUUAAUCUUCACAGCUUCUGCCUAUUACUUCUUCAUCGUGUUGACCUGGAUCAUCUUUGGUCUCUUCUUCAGUGCAGCCUUCUUCCUUCCUUACGUAGUUGCUGUGUUCGGAAUCGUCUUUGUCAUCGGGAGGUACUCCUUGACUAGGAAGAAGCUCUACGGCCGCAUACGGGUCUCUGUUGGAGAACAAUCGAAGAUGCUGUUCAAGAGAAAAACGCCCCAGAUCCCGAAGGAGUCGCUAGACACUCUGAUAAAGAAGAACGUGAACAGGAUGUUGAUGAGAAAGAAGGUCUCCCUGGGCUCGCACAUCAACUCCAUCUGGCUGCUGCUGCUCUCUGUGAUCGUGCUUGACGUUUUCUUGCUUAUCAGCUUCACCACCUUCACGGACACUAGUAGCAUCAGCACCGGUGUGCUCAACUCCGUCAUCAUCGCGGUGGUUGCCUUGUCUAUCGACUUUCUCGCCCAGCGAAACCUGAGACGGCAGUCCAUGCACGCCAACGUGAGCGAGAUCGUCUCAGAAAUCAUCACCGAGACGCGCAUGGCCAUUCAGUUCAUCGAGAAGCAGAUGGACUUGGGGGCUGUGCUGCUGCAGAGGGCCAGGGACCAGGAGCUAGCGAGGAGGAGCAUGACCCAGAUGGAUCUGAUGCACUACAAUGACACGCUCGAUGAGAAAUUCAAGGACCUUGUGGCUGGUCAUAGCGAGCUACAGAGGAUUCAGCAGAAUCUAGCGAUGAAAGCUGCGGAGGAGAAGGAGUACGAGUACAAGCUCGAGAGGAUCCCAGUGGCGAUCGAUGACGAGACGCUUGUCCCCUGGGACGCCAUGAUGGGAGAGAUGGAGUUCGACUCUGACUGGGAAGAGAGUGACACUUUGAUUCUUGUGCUGGACGGGCUGACCAGGGAGUCCGACCUUGAGACUCUGCGCUUUGCUUUGGCAGAAAGUUUAGAUGUAUCCAUAGACCGAAUAGAGAUUUCGCCAGAGUUUCUAUAG